AUGAAAUUCGUACAAUUCAGAUAUAAUCAUGAUCCUGACGAAAUUCACGUAGGAUAUAUGGAAAAUGAGGAUGUAGUUGACAUAAACAAAUACAGCCCUGGAAUGCCGAGGACUAUGUGCGGCAUUCUGAAGACUGGCUGCACUUGCAACGCAGUUAAGAUCAAGCACUUAGACCCGCUUGUCGAACCUAAGGCUAGUGUAACAUUAGUGGCUCCUAUUACCGGGAUGGACAAGAUCCUGGGUGUAGAUAGAAACUAUGUUGACUUUUGUGAUGAACAGAAAGUUCAAAUACCAUCCCAGCCAUUAAUAUACACAAAGUUUCCGAGCAACAUUAUUGGUCCAAAUGAAUCUGUCAAAAUAAAGACCGACGUUGUUAAGGAAGUAGAUUGGGAAGUGCAUCUGGCGGUUAUUAUUGGUCAGACCUGCAGCAGUGUAUCCGCCGCUGAUGCUUUUAAGUACGUAUUUGGAUACACAGUAGCCCAAAGCAUUUGCAGCAGGGAUUGGGAGAAGCAAAACCCAGGAGAGCUACUUUUUGGUAAAGCUCAAGAUACUUUUUGCCCUCUUGGGCCAUGGAUUGUUACGUGUGAUGAGAUUGAAGAUCCUCAUAAUAUCCAAAUAUCUUGCAGUGUAAACGGUGUUGAAAAACAGAACAGUCAUACGUCCAGAGUAAUUCAUAAAGUUCCAGAUAUUAUUCAAAGAUUGUCCUCGAUAAUUACUCUCCUGCCCGGUGAUGUUAUACUCACGGGUACUCCAGCAGGUGUUGGAGUUAACCGUAAUCCCCAAGAGUUUUUGAAGCCUGGAGAUGUAGUGCGGAGUGAAAUUGAAAGAAUAGGAUCAUUUAAUGUAAUGGUGGCUAGAUUUUGA